UUUCCUCUUUGCUUCUUAAUACUUUGUCAGUUUGUCUUCCUCAAUCUCUGAAUUUCUUCUUUUGAAUUGAAGUUCAAGGCCACCUGUGGAUGUAAAGCUUUAGUUGCUUGUGUUCAGAUGCUCUAUCUCUUCAUUGAUCGAGUUCUGUCAGCUUGUGUGAUAACAAACAACCAUGUGUCUGGAGUUAGGUUGAUUAGCAUAAUGGUCAACGUUUAGAAAAUUAUGGGUUUUGUUUCUUGAAUUUAUUGCUGUUGCCUUUUGUGUUUCUUUACCACCACGGAAUUCAACUGUUCUCUCUUCAUAUGUCAUUCGUUGCUCCGGUGGUUUUAUGGAAUUGUGUUGAAUUGCAGUAGAUGAAGAAUCAGAUCGAAGGGAAGAAAUAUGGCAGCAGCUGAAGCAAGAGCUGCCUGGCAGAGAGCAGCAAAUCGUUGUUUUGUUCAGGAGGAUGCCAAAAGAGCUCCCAAGUUAGCUUGUUGCCACUCAUCAUCAUCCAAAUUAAGUGAAGGAGAGGGACCAACUGGUGCAGCAGAAGCGCCUGAUAGUCCUGCUUCCGGCUUCAUGCCGUUCAACCGUAAUCCUUCUUACUCCAGUCUUCCCCAUGAUACGAGAUGGUGGCUUCAGUUGCAGCCCUGCUAUGGUUACCAAAAGGGUUUAACUUUUGACCAGCUGAAUGCUUUAGAGGCAGAGGUGGAGAGUUUGAGAUCUGGAGUUGGAACCACAACAGACUCCAUAAUGGCCCAGGAGGUUGUUAGUUCCCUUGAUCAUAACUCGGAUAGUACUUGGAUAGAUGUCAAAAAGAGUUGCGAGUCUUCGCUUGAUGCUGCAUAUAGCAAGAUUUCUGCAGACUGUUUCGUCUAUGUUUUCGAAGGUGAAGAUCAAGUAAACGGUCUUAAUGCUAGUAAAGAGAGAAGUAGUCAAUCUGUGGAGGCUGAUCCUCUUGUUGCUUUCCAUGAGAUAGCAAAGAGCAAUGUGAAUAGCUUUGACCCGGAAUCUCCUUGGAGUACUGUUAGUGCAAAGAGUGUGCCAUGGUGGCGAACUGCAGAUAAAGAUAACUUGGCCUCGUUAGUUGCACAGAAGUCAUUGGACUAUAUGGAGAACUGCGAUCUCCCUCCUCCUAGAAAGUUUCAGAUUGACGGAUUCCCUUGUGCUGAUCCUAGAUCUUCAAAUCAUGAUGGUUCAGCGUCACAUUUGUUGGAUUGGAGAAAACCUAGCAGAUGUGUCUCCGACCCAAUUGUUCAUAUAGCAGGACCUACUGAAAUUGCAGUGGGAGGAGGGCAACUGGCUUCGACUGGAGAACAUUCACAAAGUGGCUACGACAAUACAUUCAGUCCUACGACAACACUUAAGGAUGUAAGCCAGGAUCCCGAGAGCGACCCUUGCAAGGCUUGGCUGCUGGAAGCGCUUCGGCAUUCUCAAACACGUGCAAGGGAAGCGGAGAAGGCUGCAAAGCAAGCCUGUGCAGACAAGGAGCAUGUCAUUAUGCUCUUCUUAAAACAAGCGUCCCAACUGUUAUCCUACAAACAAUGGUUUCAGCUCUUGCAGCUUGAAACUCUUUACCAUCAACUGAAGAACAGUGAGGAUCCAAUGGCCACUCUAUUAUUCCCUGUAGCCCUUCCAUGGAUGCCUCCAAUGGGUAAAAAACUGGGCAAGAACCGGUCUAAGACCACAAAAGGUAGCUAUAAGCGAGGGAAGAGGAACCGGGCAAGGCAGGACAUGAAGCGGUAUGCAGUCGCAUUUGCAUUGGGGUUGAGUCUUGUUGGUACAGGGUUGCUCCUUGGUUGGACUGUAGGGUGGAUGCUGCCUUUCUAGAAGGAACGAGGUGAUGUGAUGUAUUGUCUAAGUAAAUUUCUAUUAGUUGGUUGUUUAGAUGUUUGAUGCAAGCUUAAUUUGCAGUGCUGUAGAGAGCAGAGGUCGUAAUGUGUAGGGGUUGUGUGGACUGUGGAGGGAUGGCGUUAUGGAACUAUAUGUUUCGUUUUCUUGCUGAUUGACUGUAUAUACUCUGUAUACAAUUUUGAUUCUAGGUUCGGUGUGAAGUUAAUGGUAAGCUGGUGAUAGAAACCAACUGUUUCUAUUAUAACUAGCUUGUUACCCUGCCCUU